CAUCAGUAUCCCCAGAAGACACACUACUACGAGCGCAAUCUGUCUCUGUCAUUUUCUCGAGAAAAGUUUCAGAGCAAGAAAAGCGGAGAUGGCAGGUGCUGCAACAUCUGGAGCUGUAUUGAAUGGCUUGGGAUCUUCCUUCUUGUGUGGAGGAAAGAGAAGCCAAUCUCUCUUCGCUGCUAAAUCUGGUUCUGCUAAUAAUAAUGCUGCAAACCCUAAGAGGUUCUUUGUUGCUGCUGCUGCUGCUGCACCUAAGAAAUCUUGGAUUCCUGGUGUUAGAGGUGGUGGCAACUUCAUCGACCCUGAAUGGCUAGAUGGCUCGCUCCCUGGUGACUAUGGCUUUGACCCUCUUGGACUAGGCAAGGAUCCAGCAUUCCUCAAGUGGUACAGAGAAGCAGAGCUCAUCCAUGGCCGGUGGGCAAUGGCGGCGGUUGUCGGCAUCUUUGUCGGCCAGGCAUGGAGUGGAGUGCCGUGGUUCGAGGCCGGAGCCGACCCUGGCGCCAUUGCUCCGUUCUCCUUCGGCUCACUUCUGGGCACACAAUUGCUGCUCAUGGGGUGGGUAGAAAGCAAAAGGUGGGUGGACUUCUUCAACCCUGAUUCACAGUCAGUGGAUUGGGCCACGCCGUGGUCGAGAACCGCCGAGAACUUCGCUAACUCCACCGGCGACCAGGGAUAUCCCGGCGGCAAGUUCUUUGACCCAUUGGGAUUCGCAGGGAAAAUCCAGGAUGGGGUUUACAUUCCUGACAGAGAAAAGCUUGAAAGACUGAAACUUGCUGAGAUCAAGCAUGCUAGGAUUGCUAUGUUGGCUAUGCUGAUCUUCUACUUUGAAGCAGGACAAGGGAAGACACCUCUCGGUGCUCUUGGCUUGUAAAACUAGAAACAUUUUCUGUGUAGAUAAUUGAAUUUGAGGCUAGACAAGUUGCACAUGAAUCUUUGUCCUGUAGAGCCAGUGUGUAGUUCUCCCUAAGAAAUUCAAAUUGUGUGUUCUAA